AUGAGUGAGCAGCCCGAAAUUGGCACCCUCGUCGUGGCCAGCGCCGGGUCCGAUGCCCAGGCCGAACAGGUAAUUGCCCAGCGGGAUGCCAGCGAAAGGGGUCUCGCGUUUCUUUGGACCGGAACCCGAUCUGCCACUGCCGGUCUGUCCAGGCUGAAGGAAGCACGAGUACCCGUCUUCUAUGUUCCGGACAAGCUGGCUUUUGGACUCCGUACUUUGCUCAAUUAUCACCAAUGGCGGGACAGUCGCCAGACCGAUGGGUUUGGGCAAUGCCCGGCCAUCACCCAGGAUCAGGAACAGACCGUAGCUGGCUUGAAGGCUCUUGGGCGCACUGCCUUCUCCGAGCACGAGAGCAAGCGGCUCAUUUCUGCCUGGGGCGUGCCUGUGGCGCAGGAAAUAACCGCCAGCGACCCAGCGACGGCGGUAACAGCAGCGGAGAGUAUCCGUUUCCCGGUAGCUGUCAAGGCUGACUCUCCGGACAUCUUGCACAAGACCGAAGCUGGAGUGGUGAGGUUGGGCCUGAAUAGCGCCGAGCAGGUGAGAAGCGCGGUUGAAGAGGUUAUGUCAAAUGCUGCCCUGGCCGCUCCCGGAGGAACAAUUAAUGGGGCCCUGGUGCAGGAAAUGGUUUCGGGAGGCGUCGAGGUUAUUGUCGGUGUUUCCUACGACCAGCAAUUGGGGCCGGUCCUGCUCUUCGGUACCGGUGGAGUGACUGUGGAAGUCUAUAACGAUGUUGCGUUGCGCCUUUGCCCGAUCAGCAGGGCCGAAGCCGUUGAAAUGAUUGACCAAGUUAAAGGUUCGAGGCUGCUCAAGGGGUUCAGAGGUUCGCCUUCGGCAGAUGUUGAUGCCUUGGCCGACGUGUUGGUGCAGGUUUCCCAUAUGGCGUCGCAGCUUGAGGGCACUCUUUCCGAACUGGAUAUCAACCCACUGAUGGUAUUGCCUGAAGGGCAGGGAGUUCGCGCGGUAGACGCGCUGGCGGUGUUUAGGGAGUAG